AUGGCAAAUGUUCUGGAAAGAGAUAGACGAGGAUGGACUACCAUGGACUAUUGUAAGCAGAUCUUCAAGGGGGAGAUUAAGCUUAUGUUUAGGGAGUUUACUUCUGUGGUACAAUAUAUAAAUGAAGAUGGAGUAUUUGGGAUUUUGGACGUUAGCUUGCUUUUGCAUUCUCUUUCUGUCACGGUCAUGUUUUUAAAGAAUUUUCUUGCGUCUACUGUGCUUACUUUGACGGCGAUUAAUGUUGUGGACGCAAAAUAUGGCUUGGUGCCUGUAAAGACGGGUAUUAAUGCGCAGACUGGUGCAAGGCCUUUUCGCAGGAAUAUUUUGGAUCUUCAGAAUGAUGCUCCUGCAUGGUCUCUUUAUAUACAAGCGCUAAAUGCUAUGCAAGCGACUCCAGAGGAUGAACUACUUUCGUACUUCCAAAUCGCUGGAAUACAUGGACGACCCUAUUACUCGUGGGAUGGAUAUGAGUGGAAUCCUGACGCUCCAUUGAUAGGGUAUUGUACACAUCACAAUACGUUGUUUCCCACGUGGCAUCGUCCGUAUCUUGCUUUAUUCGAGCGAAUUCUAGCAGACCAUGCUCAAAAGGUAGCUGAAAGCUAUAACCUCCCUCUCUAUCAAAACGCAGCAGACAAUCUCCGCAUACCCUACUGGGACUGGGCCGAGCUUCCUAACCUCCCAGAUGUAGUCACCACUCCUAACAUCACGAUCACCAUUCCCUCUGGACCGACCACCGUCAAGAAUCCGCUCUACGAAUACGCCUUCCAAACAUUUCCCCUCAAUGAAACACUGUUUCCUGGCGAUAAAGACGCGAGAUUGUCGACUUAUUCGCGGACUGUGAGACAGCCGGAUAAUGAUGGGGUUUCGCAGCAUGGAGCGGCGAAUAGUGAUCUUGGGGGGAGGUCGUUAAGGAAGAAUACGUAUGAUGUUUUCGCUAAGGUGAGUAGUUAUAACACCAUGGCGACUGGUGCUACGGCGGGGGUUUCUUUUGAGUAUCCACAUGGGAAUGUUCAUACGUCGAUUGGAGGAGGUUCUGGCUUUUUUGACGCCGGUCAUAUGUCAUCAGUAGCCUACUCAGCAUACGACCCCAUCUUCUGGCUCCACCACACGAACGUGGACCGUCUCACCUCCAUGUGGCAAGCCAUCAACCCGUCCUCCUUCCUCGUCCCCUCGCUAGACGAAACAGGCACCUUCACCCACCCCAUCAACCUCGACCUCACCGUCUCCGAACCACUCAUCCCUUUCACCACUCCCAGUGGCUCACCUUACACCUCCACCUCCUCGCGCUACCUCGCCGAUUUCGGGUACGCAUACCCCGAACUCCAGGACUGGCUCCUCAGCCCCGAGGAACUGAGGAAGAACGUUACCGCGUGGGUGAACACGCACUACAACCCAGCUCCCAAAACUCGAAAGUUGAGACGCCAGAGCGCGGUGCGGAAGGAAUGGAGUGUAGCUAUCUCGGCGCUGGGAACGGCGUUUGGACUCACGGAGAAAUACAUCGUCGAACUGUCCAUCAACGGCACGAAAUUCGGUGAUGUGUUCGUGGCGCCGCCUGCAGCCGCAGAGGCAGAGGGUCAUAGUUUGAACGCGACGACGAAUUUCGAGGUUGAUCUUACAGACGUCCUCGCUAAGCACAGAGUUAAUGGUGAGGAUGUGAAUGCCGUGACUGGGUUUUUGAAAACGGGGUUGGGAUGUUCGGCUAGACAAGGCGAUGGAACGAUAACGUCUGGAGAGAAGGUUCCUGGCCUGAAGGCGCUAGUGAGUGAAAUGGCUGUCACGCCCGCGGGCGACGUGACGGAGUUUCCGGGGUAUGGGGAGAGGAGGGAGUAUCCUGAGAUCUUGGCGGAGAUGGGGGCAUAG